CCGCGCGGACCGUCCGGCAGACCUGGACGGCCCGGGCAGCCGGGGCAGCCGGGCCGCCGCGGUGCGCCCGGAGGCCCCGGCCGGGUGCCGGGCCGCGACGGUGGGCCAGGCCAGCCGGGGCCAGCCGGGCCCGACGGUAGACCGGGACCGUCCGGCGACAGGGGUCUGGACGCACCGCCGGGCUUGCCGUGA